GUCAACGUCAAAAUCUGUCAAAAUGUAUAUGUUAAAUGCAAAAUAUCACCGUAGCGCCGAAACAAUUCGGAGUAAAUUCUCUCUACUUUAAGCCAAAUGCCGUGUGCAAUGCGUGCGAUGGACCCUUGAACACUGCCUUGAACAAGCCCAACAGUCCAUUCCAUACUCCUUGGCCAUUCCCACGAUUCAGUGAAAAACGCAAGAAAAACGUGAAAAGUAGAGGUGUAGGACGAUUUUCACUCAGCUUCGAUUUGAACCGUUAAUAGUUAUUUAUAAGAUCUUUGUUUCAUCAUAUUUUGUGCUAAGUAUCUGUUUCUGCUGCCGCGAUGCCGACCAACAAGGAGGAGUCGGACGGUGAGAUGGAGCAGGACGAGAGCAGCGCCAGUGACUCGGGGUCGUCGCACGGCUCCGACACGGACACAUCCGACCUCGACCUCGACCAGUGCCUCGUCCGCAAGAACGAGUGUCUGGACCACCUCUGUGAGCUGGAGCAGCAGUUCGCCGUGCUCAAGGAGCAGCUGUUCUCUGAGAAGCUGGCGCUGCUGGACGACCGGCUGGCGGCAGUGCGCGCCGGCACCGCGCCCGAGUUCCUCACUCCGCUCCGGCAGCUGGAGGAGGCGCACUGCACGCGCCAGGAGGUGGCGCUCCGCCUCAAGUGCUACCGGCUGGCCAACGCGCAGCACCGCUACGACUCGGAGAUGCUGGCCGCCGAGCAGAACUGGCGCUCCAGCAAGAGCAUGCUGUACGACCAGGUGCGCCAGGACCUGGAGGAGCGCGCGCGUCGCCUGGAGGAGGACCGUCGCCACGUGGACAUCACGUCCGACCUGUGGCAGGAGGAGCGGACCGGCCGGCGCGGCCGGCGCGCCAGCCAGACCGAGGACGGCAGCCGAAAGAAGCGGCCCGUCACCGUCACCGGCCCCUACAUCGUCUACAUGCUCUCCGACAACGACGUGCUCGAGGACUGGACCGCCAUCAAGAAGGCGCUGUCGGUUACAAAGCGUAAGGGCGAGGUGAAGAUCCUGCGUGACGUGAACGCCCUCUGGUGAGCGCCCGGGCGGGCCGUGGCUCUGACACGUGUUGGUGAGUGUGUGGCGUCGGACACGUGAGACGACGCUGGGGACGCCGACGCCGCUUCGUCCCACUCCUGCUGUCCGUGUUUUGGAAGUGACCCCUCGACGUACCUGCGUGGCAGGUGCGAUGUGCCGAGCGUUUGACCUGAUAGUCCGUGCGUGCGUGUGUGAGUUCAUGUUGUCGCUGUGAUGAGUCACGAUGAUCUUUGCCACCGUUGACCUCUGUAUGAUGUGUUUCGGCUCUGAGGGCGGUGCACCCGUGCCCACCUGACUGAUGUGGGGCGUUUGCAGCCCGAAUCUCUCCCAUCUGACCCACUGCCGACUGUAGGUAGUAGCUGGUCGCGCCGUGGCCGGCCGCCGUGUAGCGUAUAGUGCGCCCGGCUCUGAGCGGGGCCUGGGCUGAAUUGAACUAUUGCGUUAGCGAUAGCGAACAAUGAAUUGAAGGAUUGAUUGCUGCUGAUUGUAUUGUCUUUUUCUGCACAGAAUGCCACUUUUUGUGAUACCCGAGGACGGCGUGUGUUCGCUUUUGUUUCGUUGGAAUGAACCCCAUGCAAUUCGACGCAAUGAGUAAAUGUAAUGGACCAAAUGAAAUUGAAUUAAAUAAUCAAUACAACACUACCAAAAGUG